AGAAGAUCGCCCAUCAGCACACUCAUAGGACUCAAUACAAUGGCACUUGAAAAGACAGUAACGUACACACAGAAUUCGGGUUUGUGUACACUAAAUCGAGGGUUUCAACAGUCACUCUCGAGACAUAGGUUUGGUAGUGUACGGGCUAUGCACAAGUCUACGAUUGCUGCUGUAUCAGGUGGAGGCGAGAAGUAUAUUGAUGAAAAACCAAGGUAUGGUCAUGCUAAUAGUAAUACAGCACAGAAGCCACACGAUAGGGCCGAUGGCUUGCAGAGAUCGCGAAUCCACAGGUACACCGGAGAGAGGGAAAGCCGCGGCGGGGACAGGGAAAUCAACCAACGCGCGGCCGAAAACACCCGCGGAGGGCCCAGUGGUACCGUACUCACAACCCAACGACUGAUAAGCGCGUGCAUGGGGCUGAGUGGGAGGUCUAAGGUGGCGCAACUGGCCUACGGCACACUGCGUGAUCAUGUACAGGAACAUAUUCAGAGCCUAUCUCUUGAGGAAACGCUCGAGAUCACAAGGAGUCUCAAGACCCUCACGAAACAGAGGGACCGAUCCAUUGCAAAGCUCAUGAGCGGACUGACGACCAUGUUGAAAUCCCACGUGGAAGCACUGGCCACUGCUGAGCUGCCGACGGAUGCGGUUGAACAGAAGGUGCUGAACGGCUCAGUAGAUUGGGACUCCCGUCCAGCAGCGUCCGUAUCGCUACUGGCGCCGUCUGAGGUAACCAUGCUGUGUGAGCUAUUUGAGCGUCUGGAUAUGAUCUUCAACGUCGACCUGCACGACGCCUGCGACAGGCGUGUGUGUGAGGGUGUCGACCUGUUCAGCACCAAUGAACUGGCCACCAUCAUGCAGUCGUUUGCCUACCUCAAUUGCGGGACGUACCGCUUUUGGAGCAGCACGCGGGCGCGGUUUGAGACGCUGUGCAAGUACAAGCACACGUCCAUGCGUGAGAUGAUGGUUGCCGUCAAUGCGAUGGCGUCUGCGAGUAUACAGUGUGAUAACCUCCUGCGGAUUCUGUGCCGAAAUGUGGGGCGGAUGCGGAUCAGCGAUUCCGACGAAGCUCUGUGGCUCAUAGGCCAAGCGGCCGGGGCGGCAGGCAUGCUCAGGCCACCCCAGCUACGCGAGAUCAUACACAGUCUCAUGACACCGAAGGUGCUGCAGUUCCUGACAAGCAUACGACAACCUCAUCUGUCGUCGCACGAGUUGCAUCAGCUGGUGCCGGUGCUGUGGACACUGCUGCACGUGCGCAUGCAUCCGGAGAUGGUCGAACGCCUGGCCAAGAACGUCGGCGAUUUCCGCAGUCCCCACAACGCCCAGACAAGGUUUAUGAGGCACCAGGCGUCUGUGAUGUUGGCGUGCUUCUCGCCGCACAGGGCCAUACAUAGCGACCCCACCAAACCCCGCUCCAGCCGAAACAAGGGCGGGUAUGGGGCAAGCCUGGUGCAACCUUUUCCGCAGAAGAAGCACGUUUCUGGCUUCGAGAAUAACAUCAACGAUGUGAUGGUCAGCAUGGGGUUGGAUACGGCCAUAAGGCAAUAUCAAACGGAGGUGGGUUUCUCGGUCGACUUUGCCUUUCCCGAUGCCAAAGUAUGCAUUGAGGCGGAAGGGCCGCACCACUACUUAGUUGACCCACAGACACGCAGCUACAGAACGGACGGCACCACCAAUGUGAAGUUGAUGUGUCUCCAGGAAACGGGGUGGAAUUUCAUACAGAUCCCGUUUUGGAAGUGGGAUCUAUUCCGGGAGCAGGAGGACAAACAGUUGUACCUCAACUCUCUGCUGCAGCCCUACCUGUCUUGUCCUGGGGUGAUAUCAAUCCAGGAGGAGCUCAGCCUUAACCUGCCGUAUGUGCAGCGCUCGCUCAGAAACUAUCUUAGCGGGGAAGAUAGUAAAUUAAUUUAGAUACUGACAGGAAUAUACAUAAAUUUAGAUACAUGCCGCAAGCAGCAGAGCCCAUAUAGUUCAUAUAGUGGUUUCGUUCCAGUCCGUAUGUGCAUACGCAGAAGUUUUGGGCGGCCGGGAUUGAUACUCGAUACCUCGGACAGGAUCAAUCCUUUCGACCAAGGAUCACCCCAGGGGGGCUAUAUAAUCGAUUCCCUUGUCCCUAUAGGCUAAGCCCAACACCCCAGACAAGCAAAGUUUACCAACCAAGCUUCCACCCCGGGAAUAUAUUUACCCCUUACGAGGGCCAUGAGUUUGCCCUUGCCUCAACUUUAUGGGGUGCCCUAGGGAUUUAGCCACUCGAGGGAAAACUCAUAUCGGGACACCCCAAACUCCUUUUAUUAUUUGUGGUAUUUGGAGGACAUUAAGUGGAUUACUGGAGCAUAGAAAACAGAAGUAUAGUACGUAAUCUAAUUAUUUGGUAUAUGUACAUUGCUUGCAACAAGUCAAUAAACCCUUAAAAAGAAAGCAAAA